UUCCUCUUGUUUUCCUCUACAUAGGAAAUACUUACUCUCACUCUGUUGGUUCACCUAAUUUAGGCGCGUUUUGUGCCAAUGAUUCCGCAUUUGGACCACAAAAUUUAUUUCCAAUUGAUGAUAGUCCACCAGUAUUAAUUCGAACAGUUCAGAAUGGAACGUUGUACCAAGUAGGCACCAAUACGGACGGUGAUCAGAUAUGGCUUGUUCACGUGUGGGGAAACAAUGGUUAUGAUUAUGGUUUUGCAUAUGGUACUCUACUAGCCGAACAGAUUAAUAAACUUAUGCCAAAGGCAUGGGCACACUUUGAAGAACAAAUCAUAGAUAGUUUAAAAGAUAUGAAGUUGCCUGAAUGGUUAAAAAAGUUAAUUGCUGAUAAAGGUUUAGCUGCUGCUUUGGAUGUUCAAAGUGAGCUGGCCAAACCAUACGUUGACGAGGAAAUUUAUAAUGAAUUGAAAGGAGUCGCUGACGGUUCAAAAGUCGAUUAUGCAUUGAUACGGCGUUUCCAUUUUCUUGGUGAAAUCACAAGAGCACUCGAUUGGGAUAUUGAUGGUAGCUUGCAAGAUUAUCCUGUUGUGACUAUUUAUCAUCCAAGAACCGAGAAACUUGGUCAUCCAUUUGCAAAUGUUGCCUGGGCUGGGUAUAUUGGAACUUUGACCGGCAUGUCUUCCACUCGUCUUGGUAUCUCAGAAAUUGGUGUUUCAUUUCCCGAUGAUACUUUUGGAGAUGAAUCAUUUAUAGGUGUGCCAUUUAUCUUUGUUGAACGUUACAUAUUGCAGUAUUCAAAUACUAUUGAUGAUGCUCUCUCUUACAUAUCAAAUGUCCGACGAACAUGUCACUUAAUGUUAGCUGUUGCUGAUGGAAAAUUAAAUACCGCGCGAAUGAUACAAUAUUCACAUUCAAAAGUAAAUUUUUUCGAUGAUCAAAACUUAGAACCGCUAGCUGAUUGGCAUCCGCGAAUACCUAAUGUUAUUUAUGAAGGUAGGGAUUGGUUAUGUCCAAGUGCACAAUAUAAACUUUAUAAACAAAUAACAAAAAAUUAUAGACAAAUUACACCAGCCUUAUCCAUUAAAGAUAUUACAUCUGUUGUAAAAACUGGUGAUUUGCAUGUUGCUGUGUAUGAUUUAACCGACAAUAUGAUGUAUGUGGCCAAUGCGCGUCGAACUAAUGAACAGGGACCAGAAAAAGCAUAUGAACGACAAUUCGUUAAAUUUGAUUUGAAUGUCGAAUUUACACGAAAUAACAUUGCAUAG